AUUUGGAAUUGCUACAAGUAGGCGACAUGUACUCUUGAAAACGUCGCGGCUUGUAGUUGAGUGUCUGCACAUCGCUUCUCAUUGUAACCUUGAGCGCCAAUUAAGAUGGCAACACGCGAGCCUCCGACGGUGCUUCCUGCGACUUCCCCGGCAUCUUCUCCUGCUCAUUCCGCCGCCAUCAUCUUCAUCCAUGGCUUUGGCGACACCGCCGAAGGCCCCGCGUCAGUCGCCGAGCAGUUCCAGCGCGGCGGCAAGCUGCCGUACAUGUCGUGGACGAUACCAAACGCCAUCGAAGACCACGAUCUCGCCAGCACAGCAUGGUUCAUGCCGACCAGGCUCUCGCCAUUCCCUCCCUCGCGUCCAGAGCUCGAAGAAGACGAAGACGAGGACGGCUUGCUGAGAAGUAGGAAGUACAUCACGGGGCUGAUAGACGAGCUUGUUGCGCAAGGCGUGCCGGAGAAGCGGAUAGUCUUGGCAGGGUUUUCACAGGGGCAGGUCAUGGCCCUACUCACCGGUCUGACGUCCAGGUACGCAGGCAAGCUGGGUGGUCUGGCUGGGUUGAGUGGCUACAUGGCGAUUCCAGAGCGAGUGCCUGCGUUGAGAGAAGAGGCUGGGUUACCGAAGGACGUCGAGGACGAUGUCGAGAUAUUCCUUGCUAGAGGCACAGGCGACAGGAUGGUUCCGAAGAGAUACUCCCGCUUAUGCCGUGAAGCAUUGGCUAAAUUCGGAGUCAAGGAUGAUUUGGUGACGGUCAAAGAGUACGAAGGGAUGGGCCACGCCCUGGGUGGCGCUGAGCUGAGGGACCUGUGCUCGUGGUUGGAGCGGGUGAUUCCACCUCUCGAGUCUUGAAGUACAAAAGUCAAGGCGCGUUGCCAACGUCAGCCAAAGCGUGUUCAGCAUCAGUGUCUAGUGUCCGCAUCCGUACCUGUGUCUUGAUGUGGGUCCGAACCGCGCGCCUUGCGGAUCGACAGGGCACCACCGUUGCCAGUUCCGACUUGGCAGGGACGCCCCUACG